AUCGACUCGGACACUUUCGUCAGUGCUGUAUUACCACCUCCAGAGCGACGUACUGUUCCAGACACGACACGGCCUUUUUGCUUCACGUUACUGGGUUCAGUCGACAAAACCAUCCACCAGUCCGGACACAUGACAUGGUCAAGCCACCCAUAACUUCCUGUCGAUCUAGUCUAGAAGCGUUCUAAAUUAGCAAUUCUUUCUCUCGCACCUCGAGUUGCUUUCAACGACGAGAUAUUUUCUUGCAAUUCAAUUUAAUUAACCCCCCGAAUCGGCUUUCUUUGAGGGGCGGUUGACGUCCCCCCAAAUCCUCCCGCUCCGAUGCCGCCUCUGUACUCCAGGGGACAGGCGCAGGCCCGCGACUCCCUCGAACUCGCAUCCUUAGCCAGCUCCAGCCAGCUUGGUGAGGACACCGCCGACACCGAUUCCCGACCAAGCAUAUCCUCCUCCCGCAAAGCCUCACUCGAGCGCGACGACCCUCUCGACUCCCUUAACCCCGCAGCAUCGGCCGGUCGUCCGAAUCGCCAGGACCGCUCAUUCUCAGUUUCCUCGGGCUUCGACCUUGCCGCAAACCUCUUCCCUCUCUCUUCCACGGCUGGCGGCUCAGGAUACGCGCCAUUAGGCGCUUCGACAGCCCCCGGCCAGCCUGGCGCAGCUGGACUGGGCGGCGGCUCGCUUGAGAAACACAAGACGCUCACAUACCUUAAUGGACUCUCGCUUAUAAUUGGUUUGAUCAUCGGUUCCGGAAUCUUCUCGUCGCCCAGCCAGGUUAACGCAAAUGUGGGCUCGCCUGGCGCAUCCCUCAUUGUGUGGGUGUUGGCGGGCGUGCUAGCGUGGACGGGAGCUGCCAGCUACGCGGAACUUGGUGGCGCUAUACCCCUCAAUGGCGGACCGCAGGUCUACCUCGCCAAGAUCAUGGGGGAGCUUUCGGGAUUUUUGUUUGCCUGGGUCGCAGUGCUGGUACUCAAGCCCGGCAGCGCUGCCAUCGUGUCCAUAAUCAUGGGCGAGUAUCUGGUGCGAGCCUUUAUUGGUGCCGAGGCGGAGACCAUAAACCCAUGGGUCAACAAGUCCGUCGCACUUGUCGGCCUGUUCAUUGUUACGUUCCUCAACUGUGUGUCGACGCGGCUCGGAAUGAGAUUAAACGAUUUGCUCAUGUUCUUGAAGUUUAUUGCUCUGAUCGGCGUCACUAUUACGGGAAUUGUUGUCGCAACGACGGGCUUGACAUACUCAGGAGAGCCUAAUAUGGAUUGGAAGAAUCGCGCAUGGUUCGAGGGUACCAAAGCAGACACGGCAGGAUGGGCGGUGGCUCUGUAUGCCGGUUUGUGGGCUUACGAUGGGUGGGAUAAUACCAACUAUGUAGUUGGAGAAUUCCGCAACCCUACGAAAGACCUGCCCAGGGUCAUACACACGGCGAUGCCGCUGGUGAUUAUUUCCUACGUUCUCGCCAACGUAUCGUACUUCUUGGUUCUCCCGCUUGCGACGAUCAACUCUAGCAACACAGUUGCUGUCAUGUUCGGUGCUAAAGUCUUUGGUCCGAUCGGGUCCCUUAUUCUGGCGCUCAUAGUAAGCGCAUCGUGCUUUGGCUCGCUUAACAGCUCCACCUUCACCAGUAGCCGUCUCAUUUAUGUUGCUGGCCGGGAAGGAUAUUUCCCCUCGUUCUUGGGCAGGAUUGGAAUAGGCAACACAGGCGAGCCGACAGCCCUUACGACAACCAGGACAAAAAGUUGGUUCAAUAAGAUGCUUGCUAGGCUGGUUGCCGACGAGGAAACUGGCCUGUUCUUCACCCCGGUGUGGGCACUGAUUGUCAACGCUGUUCUUACUGCAGCGUAUGUGGUUGUGGGCGAGUUCGGCACUCUGGUGACGUUCUACGGCGUGGCGGGGUACACAUUCUACUUCCUGACGGUGCUUGGGCUCAUCAUCCUGCGGGUCAAGGAGCCACAGCUGGAACGGCCGUACAAGGCCUGGAUCACGACGCCCGUCAUCUUUUGCUGCGUCAGUUUGUUUCUGCUCAGCCGAGCAGUCUUUGCACAGCCUUUGCAGACCCUGAUCGUGGUGGCGUUUGUGGUAGCGGGCAUACCAGUGUAUUUUUUGCGCAUCAGGGGCAGAGACAAGGUGACAAAGAGAGAAGCACCGGGAGAGUCACGCUGGAAGUUUUGGCAAAGAUGGUCAAAGUGAGGACAGGUUAAAAGGAUAUACCCAUUUUCUGAAGGCAGUAUUUUGAUUAGUCCUGGGACUUGUACAGUACAGACAACGAGUAUAGACCUUACCCGGGCUGUAGUUAGUGGCUGCUGGGUCGAGCCACGUGGAUGGAUAUAUAAUGAAAGAGUUUGAGAUGUGUAACUGUAUGGGCUUAUUAUUACCUAGGUAGGUAUUUAGGUCCCUGUACUUUAUGAAAUCCAUGACCGUGGCUUGCGUGGUUAGCGCUCAAAAAC